GGGCGUUCUCGCUUUGGUCUCAGGGAUCCCCAGCAGGUCACGCGGCGACCUGCGCUGGAGCCGGGAGGAAGGCAUGGGUUGGUCUCAGAAUUUGUUCCGUGUCUUGUGGAGAGCGCUGUCAAAGGAAGUGAAGGAGCAAGUGGGCACAGACCGGUUCGGGAACAAAUACUACUAUAUCCCAGAGUACAAGAACUGGAGAGGACAAACAAUUCGAGAGAAAAGAAUUGUAGAAUCAGCAAAUAAAAGAGAAAUAGACUAUGAAGUAGGGGAUAUCCCAACAGAAUGGGAAGCUUGGAUCAGAAAAACAAGAAAGACUCCACCUACUAUGGAGGAAGGAAGAUACUUGGACAGUCUUUGGAGGUGUGUGGACUGGAGAGCUCCAUUUGAACUGAGGGUCACUUACCCAUCUACCUCCCCACAGUACCCUUGCCUCUUUGGGGAAACAGUACCAGCUGUCCCUCUGAGAUGUCAGCAGCCUGUUUUCAAGUCUCAGUCAGUUGUACUCACUAUGGAUGAGGAAAUAAUGAAGAAUGAAAAAUAUAAAGAAGAAAUUAAAAUGAAAACCAAAGACUUUUAUGAAAAAGAAAAACUCCUCAGAGAAGAGAGCAACAAGGAACACUUGGCUCCACCAGUUCAAACUCAGAUUAAAGGGCAUGCCUCCGCUCCGGACUUUGGAAAAGAAGAAUCCUUGGUGGCUCCCACCAGCACUGGUAAAACCUUUCAGCCAGGAUCCUGGAUGCCACAAGAUGGCAAGAGCCACAAUCAAUGAAUGCACUGUGGUAAAAUCAUUUCAUUUAUAUAUGUAUGUGACUAUUUUAACAAGUAAAAGUAAAAAGUUACUUUGUA